CUUACAUCUUCUUUUCAAACCCUAGCUACCUGCUGAUUUAUCCUUUUCGAGCAUCUUCAUCCUAUUAUCCAUCAUAUAUGAUAUAUUAAUCUGCGGUCAUCACUUAUGUAUGUGUUGUUGAUUGCGGUUAAGGUAUGGACGAUAAGAUCCGAAUCGAUCAGUCGAUCGGGAAAUUUGAUCCUGAUUCGAGUUGGACAAUCGGCGGAAAUGAAUUAGCUGACGGUGCCUACUUUUUCGGCAGUGACAGGGAGCAUAUCAUACUGAGCGAAUUUGGUUGGAAUCUCAGGUCUCCGGGGUCAGCGGAGCAGGGGAAUGACUUCAGCUUUGGAAUCGGAGGCUCUGAAGAGAUAGAUAGGUCCGAUUUGGCAGGAAUAUGUAACCAGCUUCCACAGGAUGGAGGAGUGGAACCGUCGGCUUCGGUUUCAAAUCCGACGGUUUCUUCGAGUUCUUCGGAGGAGACGCCGGAAAAGUCCAUUGUGUGCGGCGAGAGACCGCCGACGACAUAUGCAGAGACUGUGUGAGUACGUUUGCUUGGAGAUUACUCCAUUGUUUAUUUUGUCACGAGAGGGCACUAUCGUAACUUAUUACACAUCACUGGCAGCAAAAGCUGUAUGUAUUCUUCUGACCACACAGUAUCUGUUGUCCGUACACACGCAGAAGCUCCAUUCCUCUCUCUUUUCAUUCUUUCUGAUCGGCCGGCUCAUCCUGUACCACCGUCUUUCGCGGCGGGAAAAGCGCACUAUAAACUUUUUCGGUGACAAAAAAUGAUUUCGGAGAAAUUACUUGAGAGAAAGUGACAGGUUCACUGAAUUUGGUUAUCUAAGCUCAUCUAACCUAAUAAGUAGGAAAACUAUAGAAAGUGAAAGAAUAAUAAAAGCAAGAUUUACAUCCCAUAACCAAAUCUCACCUUUUGUUUCUUUUAUUUGUUCAAUACUUGCAUUUGAUAUGGGGUCGAAAAUCUCUGCAUUAGCUUACAUUGGAUUUGGAUAUAUAGUAGUGCUUCUGUGUU